CUCUUCCAGCCUCCACCAUAUACAAGUCACCCUCUUCUCCCCUCCGGCAGCCAAGGGGUUAAUGACAAAGUGAAAAAAACACCAACGAGAGACAAACACAUUUAAUUAUGCUGUCCUGAGGGGCCGCUGAUUAGAAGAGAAACUCGCUUUCUUUCCAUAAUGGCCGACGCUCUCCCCUGAGAUCUCACACUGGAAACAGAGUGCGGGGUGAGAGACUGUCAGACAACUGCGGAGGUCGAGACCGAGAGGAGCGCCUGGAGGACAAGACACCUACAUGGGCUGAGGAAGAGGAGCGCCACGCCACAGCCGCGGGACCCGAGACAUGCAGCACUUAACACCAGCCAACUGGAGGGAGAUUGUCAACAAGAAGCUUAAGUUUCCAGUGUCCCUCAUCAAUGCCAUUCAUGAUGGCAACCUCAUCCAAGUCCAGCAGCUCUUACAGGUUAGCGAUGGGAUCCUGCGGCAACUGGACGAUAGCGAGGACCGAUCAUGGCGGGAAGCUCUCAAUCUCGCCAUCCGGACGGGGAAUGAGGAGAUCAUGAAGACCUUGCUGCACUGUGUAAAGUUUGACUUCAGACAGAUCCAUGAAGCCCUGCUGGUGGCCGUUGACACCAACCAACCACACGUGGUUAAAAUGCUGCUGGACCGCCUGGACCAGGAAAAAGGGAUCAAAAUGGACAUAAAGUCAUUCUCCCUGGCUUUCUUCGACAACUCUAUUGACAACUCCCGCUUUGCUCCUGGGGUAACCCCGCUGACCCUGGCCUGUGAGAAGGACCUCUAUGAGAUUGUGGAGAUGUUGAUGAAGAAAGGCCAUAUCAUCACAACACCACACAAGAUCUCUUGUGCAUGCAUGGAGUGCGGCAAUGGACGAAAGUACGACCUGCUAAAAUUUUCGCUGUCUCGCAUCAACACAUACAAAGGAUUAGCCAGCAGGGCCUAUCUGUCCAUCGCCAGUGAAGAUUCCAUGUUGAGGGCCUUCAAGCUGAGCCGGGAGCUCAAGCGCCUUUCCAGGAAAGAACCUGAAUUUAAGCCAGAGUACCUGUCCCUGGAGGACCUGAGUCAGGAGUUCGCGGUGGAGCUGCUGGGCAUGUGCCGCAACCAGAGUGAAGUAACGGCGGUGCUGAAUGACUGCGGAGACGACAGCGACGAGGAAGAGUUGGACAUUCAGGCCUUCGAGGAAGGGAUCCCCAACCUGUCCAGGCUGCGGCUGGCUGUACACCACAAACAGAAGAGGUUUGUGGCACAUCCCAUCUGCCAGCAGGUCCUGUCCUCCAUAUGGAGUGGGAAGCUCUCCGGGUGGAGGGGGAGUAAUAUGAUUUGGAAGCUCUUCAUUGCUUGCACCAUCUUCUUCUCCAUGCCUUUCCUUUGCCUUAUCUACUGGAUGGCUCCCAAAUCCAGGGUGGGGAGAAUCCUGAAAAUUCCGGUCAUAAAAUUCCUCCUGCACUCCGCUUCGUACUUGUGGUUCCUGAUUUUCCUCCUGGUGGAGUCCAUGAUCAUGGAGAAGAGGCACGAUAUAUACGAGGGCCGAGAUCAGAGCAUCUGGCAGAACUCGCUGCACAUGAUCUGGGUUGCCGGAUUUUUGUGGCAUGAAUGUAAGGAGGUUUGGAUCGAAGGACUGAGAAGUUACUUCCUGGACUGGUGGAACUUCCUGGACAUCGUCACCAUCAGCAUGUAUCUGGCCUCGUUCUCCCUGCGGAUCCUGGUGUCAGUGAGAGGUUACCUGUCCUGCCAAGAUGACCCCGAGUCCGACAUGUGCUUCUACUUCACCAAAGCAGGUCGCUCAGACUGGAACACGGAGGACCCGCAGUUCAUAGCCGAGGUUCUGUUUGCUGUCACCAGCAUGCUGAGCUUUACACGUUUAGCUUAUAUCCUUCCUGCACAUGAGACCCUCGGGACCCUGCAGAUCUCCAUUGGCAAAAUGAUUGAUGACAUGAUAAGGUUCAUGUUUAUCUUGAUGAUUAUUCUCACCGCCUUCCUGUGUGGCCUCAACAACAUCUAUGUUAACUACAGCGAAUCAGACAAGCUGGGAAACUUAAAUGAGACUUUCCAGUUCCUGUUCUGGACGAUGUUCCAGAUGGUGGAGCGGACCACCGUGGACAUGAACCACUACUACGUGGCAGAAUUUGCAGGUCGAGCACUGUAUGGAAUCUUUACCAUUAUCAUGGUGAUUGUCCUACUCAACAUGCUUAUUGCCAUGAUCACCAAUUCCUUCCAGAAGAUUGAGGAUGACGCUGAUGUGGAAUGGAAAUUUGCGCGCUCAAAAUUGUAUCUGUCCUAUUUCAGAGAAGGACUGACUCUUCCCGUUCCAUUUAACAUCAUCCCUACCCCAAAAUCUCUCUUCUACAUCGUCAGGGCAAUUUUUCAAUGUAUGUGCUGCUGCUACAAACCCAAGAAGAAGCAAGAAUACCCACCUAUCUCUACCAUUUUCAACAGGGGAGUCAGCGCUGGAGAGUCUGGGGAGAGCCGCAUCUCGUACCGCCUGCAGGUGAUCAAAGCUCUGGUUCAGAGAUACAUCGAUACGGCUCGCAGGGAGUUUGAGGAAAGCAGACGAAAAGAUCUUGGCAACCGGAUCACAGAGCUGAACAAGAAUGUCAUCCGUCUCCAGUCGGAGGUGAAACAAUUGCGCCGCUCCCUAUCAGACAAGGGAGCGGUGGUUAAUAAUAAUAAUAAAGAAAGCGAGAACGUGCUGAGCCGGUACAUCAUGAAAGUGAAAAGCGGCUUCCAGAACUACGACCAGGAGUCUGUGGGUUCUGGAAAGGACUCGUCCGAGGUCACAGUGCAUCAGGACAGCUUUAGAAGCAUUUUGCCAGAGGAUGACUGUCCACCAUACCCGGAUAUUCCGCCUGCCGAUGACCUGGAACAAAGCGAGGAAAAGGGAGGCAAUGAGAACUCAGAGACGGGAGAGGACAUGUAAAUAUGCAGAAUUGGUCCACCAAAGUGGUAUUUUAGUCAGAAGUAGAUUCUGGUGGGCCAUUGGCUUUUUAUAUGCCUUGGAAACUCCAACAAUGAGAUUUCCCAUU